AUGCAACUUCUUGCCGCUUGUGCACUUUUCCUCGCUGCUCCAGCGCUUUCAUCUCCACUCCCUCCCUCCCAACAGCCGAUCGGAGAUGUCGACUUCAAGAUCCCAACGGUCCAUGAGUCUGCUGUGAUGGCCCGUCGGAUUCUCCGACUCAGUCCCAUCGGAACUCUCUCCACCAACCUUCCUUCCUCCGACCCUCAUGCCCACGAGUUCCCAAUCGGUUUACCCGACUACAUAGGAGAUUGUGACCCAAAGUAUCCCGGCGCUCCCACAGUUUUGGCCAUGAAUAUCGCCACUACCUUCCGAAACGUCGCUGCUGGAUCCGAAAUCUCCGUCUCUCUUCGAUAUGAACCACCAGCGGAUGCCGAGCGGAAGUUCUCUGUUGCGAGUCUUCCGCGAUUCGCUUUGAUCACCAAGCUAGAGGAUAUUCCUGCAGAAGAGGUCGCGAGCGGGGACGUCGUCAAGUGCUUUACAAAGUAUCACCCAGAUGCUAAGUGGUGGUUGCCCGGAAACAGAAUCCACACGAGUAGAUGGGCGAGAUUGGUCGUUACAGGUGUGUACUGGGUUGGGGGAUUUGGCGAUAGAGCCUAUAUCGGAUGGAUCCCGGUUCAGGAAUGGAACAGCGUCACCGAGGCUGAGAUCGAAGCCCUUAGACUACCUGGCGAAAAGCAGUAA